AAUCAAGCCGGAAUUGUGCCGCAGUACCGCCACGCAAUACUUUGGAGACCACCCAACUCUCCUCCUCCUACUACCACAAAGAGAGAAGGAAGUUGGUUCGGUAGAGCGGCAAUGGCAGGAUCAUUUGAGGUACGUGUAGGAGACAAAGUACUGCCGCCGGUCCUGGAACAUAAGACCAUCUUGCAUAGCGGGGCACUUUACCAGUAUAUUUUGGAGACCAGUGUGUACCCUCGUGAGCCCGAGGCCUUAAAGGAGCUGCGGCAACUCACAGCCACACACCCCAGGAACGGAUUGGCGGCAGGUGCAGAUGAAAUGCAAUUCUUGAGGAUGCUAUUGAAGCUGAUGAAUGCCAAGAAGACACUAGAGAUCGGCGUAUUCACCGGCUACUCCCUCCUCUCCACCGCCCUCAGCCUCCCCCAUGACGGUGAGAUCAUAGCCAUCGACACUAAUCGAAAGAACUUUGAGUUCGGACUCCCUAUUUUUGAGAAGGCUGGGGUAGCACACAAAAUUGAAUUCCGUGAGGGCCUUGCUCUACCCAUCCUCGAUGAAAUGAUGGAGGCGGAGAAGUACAAAGGAUCGUUCGACUUUGUGUUUGUGGACGCGGACAAGAGCAACUAUCUCAACUACCAUGAUAGGGUGAUGGAGAUGGUGAGAGUCGGGGGCAUGAUCGGGUACGACAACACGUUGUGGAGUGGCUCGGUGGUGGCGUCGUCAGAGCACACCUUACCUUGGUACAUCAUGGAGAACCGAGAUGCCGUUGUGGAGUUCAAUGCAUACCUUGCUGCCGACCCACGGGUGGAGAUCUGCCACCUCACUAUCUCCGACGGCUUCACUCUCUGUCGUCGUCUUACCUGAUGUCCACCAUGCCUCUCAUGGUUAAAGCAGACACGAAUAACUUGUGCUUGUGCAUGGAGAAGGAAUAAGUUUGCUGAACUUGAUUGCAGAUUCACUUACA